UCAACCAUUCCCCCAAGCUGCCGUGUUCCUGAGCGUAACGAUAAGCGCAAUCAUCAGGUGUUCAUACCAUCUUCACUACAGGUUGCCCUUUGCGCUCUAUGGGAUGCCUCGACUACAUUUAUUGAUCAUGAAGACGCAACAGUUUUCGCUACCAGAAAAAAAAAUUGUCUCUUGAUUGUGCAUAUUUUCAAGCUUCUGCCGCUGGCAUCGCCGAAAUUAAGAAAGCCAGCUAUUCGAGGAGACCACCUCGACCAUGAACGAAACAAAGAACCCCACGCUCGUCGACGAAACCAAUACUUCGGUUCAUUCGAGUCCAGAUGAGAGAUCAUCACCCACAGAACUCAUUUAUGUUGAUCCCGAGAAAGAAAAGGCCGCACUGAGAAAAUUUGACAAGUGGCUUGUUCCAGUUGCAUUCGUUUUUCUCGUUCUCUCAUCUUUGGAUCGAAACAAUAUCGGCAAUGCGAAGACGUUCGGCUUCGAGAAAGACAUUGGACUCUAUGGACAUAGAUUUGGUAACAUAACGACGUUGCUGAGUGUUACUCUCGUGCUGUUUGAGGUUCCAUGGGUAAUGGCCGUCAAGAAGUUUGGACCCAACAAAGCACUCGGCACUGCACUCGUUCUUUGGAGCAUGGUCACUUUGGGCACUGCUUUCAUCCAGAACUACGCCCAAGCUAUCGUUGUGCGGAUGCUCUUGGGCGCAUGCGAGGCUGGAGUAUCCCCCGGAUUCGCCUAUCUUUUUUCGACAAUUUAUCCUCGCCGUGCGGCCGGAAAGCGUAUCAUGAUGACCAAUCUCGCAAACUGCACCUCUGGCGCCUUUGGUGGUUUGUUUGCCUAUGCUGUCCAGCUUAUGGGGAAACGUAGAGGGCUCGAGCCUUGGAGAUGGCUUUUCAUUGUCGAAUUCUGCCUUACCAUGGUAGUAGGUGGCGCAUGCUGGUUCAUUCUCCCAGACACGCCCGAAACAGCAUGGUUUCUGAGUGAGGAAGAAAAGGAGACUAUGGUGUUGAGGAAACGUCGGGACGAGCAAUACAGAGGCAACAACGAUUCCCUCCGUAAAUGGCUCAAGCCUUCCUUCACGGAUCCCUUCGUAUAUCUUCUCGGUAUCGCAUUCUUCACAUCUUCCGUUGCCAUUACGGGUUUUGGCAUCUUUCUGCCUACGAUUUUGCAAGGCCUUGGAUACCACUCUCUUCAAGUCCAAUACAUGACCAUUCCAGUCUAUGUCUUGGGCGCAACUUGUCUAGUGACAAAUUGUUAUUUCUCGGAUAAGUUCGCGCGUCGUGGACCAUUCUUGGUUGCCUGCGCAUUCCCAGUCAUGACUGGCUAUUUGAUCUGUGUCGGAACAUCCAACCCCCAUGCAGGAUAUGCUGGAAUGUUCAUUCUCGUCAUGGGAGUAUAUACUAUUUCGACUCUGGCAGUUGCUUGGAUAGGCACGAAUGUAUCUCCCGAUGCAAAGCGUGCUGUUGCGAUGCCCUUUGCCUACUCGAUCGCAAAUUUGUCGGCUCUUGUGUCAGCGCAGCUCUACCCUAGCGACCAAGGCCCUCGUUACAUUCAAGGGAAUUCUAUCUCAGCAGGCCUCGAUAUUGUUGCUGCUGGCCUUUAUUUUUCAUGUUGGAUGUUGCUUAGGCGUAGGAAUUUGAAGAAGGAUAAGGCGAUCGCUGAAGGUGCAACGACCAAUGGCUAUGAGGACGACCGGGGACUUGACUUCAAGUAUAUGUUGUGAGAGAUUAAGUAAUCUAAAUGUACUCGUGAACCGGC